UGGACAAUGGCAACCGCCCACACACUCCCAUGGAGGGGAAGGGGAUGAGUGCAGGGAACCCCGACCCCACCCCUGGGACCUGCAAGCCUGCAGCCACUCCCCUCCCGGCCCCACUCAACCCUUGACCCCUGUCCUGCAGCCCCCGCAGCUCGCUGUUUGCCCACUCUAUUUGCCCAGCCCCAGGGACAGAGCUGAUCCUUGAACUCUCAAGUUCCACAUCGCCAGGACCAGUGAGCAGCAGCAGGGACCAGGCUGGGCUUAUCUGUCUCCCUGCCCAGCCCCUGGCUGAAGACAUAAAUAGGCUCUGCCCCUGCGAGAGCUGGCUACUUAGACUUCGAGAAGGAGGUCCCCCACAGCCUUUCAGGAUGAAAGCUGCGGUGCUAACCUUGGCCGUGCUCUUCCUGACGGGGAGCCAGGCUCGGCAUUUCUGGCAGCAAGAUGAACCCCCCCAGAGCCCCUGGGAUCGAGUGAAGGACCUGGCCACUGUGUACGUGGAUUCAGUCAAAGACAGUGGCAGAGACUAUGUGUCCCAGUUUGAAAGCUCCGCCUUGGGAAAACAGCUAAACCUGAAGCUCCUGGACAACUGGGACAGCUUGACCUCCACUGUCAACAAGCUGCGCGAAGACCUCGGCCCGGUGACCCAGGAGUUCUGGGAUAACCUGGAAAAGGAGACAGGGUGGCUGAGGCAGGAGAUGAGCAAGGAUCUGGAGGAGGUGAAGGCCAAGGUGCAGCCCUACCUGGACGACUUCCAGAAGAAGUGGCAGGAGGAGGUGAAGCUCUACUCCCAGAAGUUAGAACCGCUGCGCACGGAGUUCCAGGAGGGCGCACUCCAGAAGCUGCAGGAUCUGCAGGAGAAGCUGAGCCCGCUGGCAGAGCAGGUGCGCGACCGCGCGCGCGCCCACGUGGACACGCUGCGCACACAACUGGCACCCUACAGCGACGAGCUGCGCCAGCGCUUGGCCACGCGCCUCGAAGUGCUCAAGGAGAGCGGCGGCGCCAGCCUGGCCGAGUACCACGCCAAGGCCAGCGAGCAUCUGAGCGCGCUCGGAGAGAAGGCCAAGCCCGCGCUCGAGGAUCUCCGCCAGGGCCUGCUGCCCGUGCUGGAGAGCUUCAAGGUCAGCUUCCUGAGCGCGCUCGAGGAGUACGCCAAGAAACUGAGCUCCCAGUGAGGCGCCAGCCGCCGCUCUCCUUCCCGGUGCUCAGAAUAAACGUUUCCAAAGUAGGAA